ACUUUUUCUUCCCUCUUCUCUGAUUGUUGUCUUUCUUGUACCCAAUUUUGAUCAACCCAGAGAGUGGAGAUGCCUGUAAGUCACCCGUCAGUUCACCCGGUGGAAGCGCCGCCGUCUCCUCUGGCGGACGGCAGAAAUGAGCCACUGAGACCUAGGAUGAAGGAUAUACAGGGCAUGCCAGGAACAGUUAUUGACGUUAUCUUGAGAUUCUCGCAGUUUGUAUUUGCAGCCGCAGCUCUCUGCGUUAUGGCUACAACCAGUGACUUUUCUUCUGUCACUGCCUUUCGUUAUCUUGUUGCUGCUGUUGGCAUACAAAGCUUGUGGAGUUUGUCACUAGCUAUAGCUGAUAUAUAUGCCCUUCUAGUUGGCCGGUGUUUGCAGAAUAAUAAUAUAAUCGUUGGCUUAUUUGCUACCGGUGAUGGGAUAACAUCUACUUUAACAUAUGCAGCAGCAUGUGGAAGUGCUGGUAUCACAUUACUUUUAAGUAGGGAUCUUGAUUUGUGUUAUAUGAACCAUUGCAUACAGUUUCAGACAGCCACAGCUAUGGCUUUCCUCUGUUGGUUUACUGCUUUCCUAUCAUUUAUAUUGAAUUCCUGGUUCUUUGUAUCUCGCACAUGAAUUUUUGGUUACUUGUUUCUUAAUAUAUUGCAGAUGUAUUUUCUUCUUUUGUACUGUUAUUUUCUCCAAGGUGUGAGUAAUGAAUGCAAGUUUGAUUAAAGAUGAUAUU